AUGACCGGCCGUGGCCUUCCUCAGCGAGGCAGCAGACGCAGAAAGGUGAAGGGCGAUGUCAGAGACCUGGCCGCCCCGACUGCCUCCCACCACCCCAACCUCAGGACGCAGACUAACAAACACCACCUGACCGUCACUUUCCAGCCUCUGCUGCUUUGCUGUCUUCUGGAUUCUGGUCCAGGCUUCCUGGACCUCAGUUGCCAUAUCAAGAAGGUGAACGUCCCAAUUCCUUUACCUGACAGAGAUUUAGUGCGGUCAAACUAUGAUCGUCAAGGGAAAAGUGUUCCACGAAGCGGUAGAGCCUUUUCACCUCGCCUUCCCUCCCGGACCCUGGUCCCCGCUCCCGUCUGGGAGCCAGCUGUUCGGGAGAGCACUGGAAGCCCCUCUGCGCCCGGGGACUCGGGGCGCCAGGACCCGGAGCGGGGCGCGGGGCCGUCUCCCGCGCCCGCACAUGGCUGUGACCACCCCGCGCGCACACCGAGGCACAGCGCCCAGCUAGCCGAAGGUCCGUCGGCUGCGCCCCGCCGCCUCGGAGCCAGGCAGCCGCUGAGCGGGGAAGUGCCCGCGCCCGAGGAUCGGGAUGUCCCUCCUCCUCCUCCUCUGGCUAGUGGUUUUCCUCUUCCAGCUUCCUUCUAUAUUGAGACCUUGGGAACUCACACUGAGAUCAAGAGAGUGGCAGAGGAAAAGGUCACUCUGCCUUGUCACCACCAGCUGGGACUCCCAGAAAAAGACACCCUGGAUAUUGAAUGGCUGCUCACUGACAAUGAAGGGAACCAAAAAGUGGUGAUCACUUACUCCAGCCGACAUGUCUACAAUAACCUGACAGAGGAACAGAAGGGCCGAGUGGCCUUUGCUUCCAAUUUCCUGGCAGGAGAUGCUUCCCUGCAGAUUGAGCCUCUGAAGCCCAGUGAUGAGGGCCGGUAUACCUGCAAGGUGAAGAAUUCAGGGCGCUAUGUGUGGAGCCAUGUCAUCUUAAAAGUCUUAGUGAAACCAUCAAAGCCCAAGUGUGAGCUGGAAGGAGAGCUGACGGAGGGAAGUGACCUGACCUUGCAGUGUGAGUCAUCUUCUGGCACAAAGCCCAUCAUGUAUCAUUGGCAGCGAAUUCCAGAGAAGGAAGGAGAAGAUGAACAUCUGCCUCCCAAAUCUAAGAUCGACUACAGCAACCCUGGACGCAUCCUGCUGCAGAAUCUCACCAUGUCCUCCUCCGGACUCUACCAGUGCACAGCAGGCAACGAGGCAGGGAAGGAGAGCUGUGUGGUGCGGGUGACUGUGCAGUAUGUACAAAGCAUAGGCAUGAUUGCAGGAGCAGUGACAGGCAUGGUGGCUGGAGCCCUGCUGAUUUUCCUCUUGGUGUGGCUGCUGAUUCGAAGAAAAGACAAAGAGAGAUAUGAGGAAGAAGAGAGGCCUAAUGAAAUCCGAGAAGAUGCUGAAGCCCCAAAAGCCCGCCUCGUGAAACCUAGCUCUUCUUCCUCAGGCUCUCGGAGCUCACGCUCUGGUUCUUCCUCCACUCGAUCCACAGCAAACAGUGCCUCACGUAGCCAACGAACACUGUCGACGGAAGCAGCACCCCAGCCGGGGCUGGCUACCCAUGCGUAUAGCAUAGUGGGGCCAGAGGUGAGAGGUUCUGAACCAAAGAGAGUCCACCAUGCUACCCUGACCAAAGCUGAACCUACGUGCAGCACGAUCCCCAGCCAGAGCAGAGCCUUCCAAACUGUCUGAAUUAGAGUGGACUGGACUCCCAUGCUUUCCUAGGAGUCAGGAUCUUCAGACUCUUCCAGUCAUUGAAGCUCAGUCACCAGCCACAUAACCCCCUUGAACCAGAAGAGAGGUCAUUUAAGUAGCUGCAAGCAUUGCAUGGAACAGAUUGAGAUGUACACUUUCCUAAAUGACACCAAACAAGAGAAGGGAUAUAAACUAAUUGUCUUCAAAAAGGCAUCUCAUUGUGCCUUUAGACCAGAAUGGGGAGACAUGGGGGCCAAAUCUGUGUAUUUGUUGACCAGGACCUGUAGUGAGAAAGGCUGGGGAAAGGGGUAGUGACCACAGUUAAAACUUCUCACUUGAGAUGUUUUGUAUGAAUACUUCACUUCACCCUCAGCAAGAAGAAAUGAGGUGUUGUUCACAAAUUUUCUAUGCAUUUCUGCAAGCCUACUGGAUUAUUGUGAUUAUUCAAAGAGAACCCACAGCCUUAUAUUAUACCUAUCUGCAUCAUGUCCUGGGCUUACUCUCCUGAGAAACUGAAAAAAGGCAACGUGUCUCUUUUAUUCUGACUUGACUUCAUUUGCCAUAAGGUUUGGAUAUUAAUUUCGUGAGGAACUGAAACUGUGGGAGAUGAAUGAUUGAGCUUCUUCCACUCCAUCCACUACUAAUCUUUCUAGUUCUAGUAAACUGUAGAAGUAAAAAAGGGAAUCCAGAAUGGGUGACAAGGGACCAUGAAAAACUUUCCAUCUGAAUGAUGUUCAGAGGGUCACUGACAGAUAUGAGAAAUGUAUACUGGAAUAAUUGUGGAUUUUUCCCUCAAAUCACAUAUCUCUAAGGACUUCCCUGCUGGAUAUCUCUGGAGCAAAAAAUAUGUGUUAUGUGUCAUUUAACAAUGUCCUUAGAAAGAAAUCUAGAGGAAAAAACCUCUUAAGGAUGCUGAAAGGUCUUCUGACUUACAUUCUUUUUUCUUCUGAGAAUUUGAAAUCCAAAUUUCAAGACUGAGUAAACUAGGGAGGGAGAUUGGAUAGUCUUAAUAUGUCAAGAAGUGGUAUAAGAAAGUUUAGUAAUGCACCAGAAUUGGGGCUUCCUCUGUUUCUUUCAUUUGAGGAGGAGAAUGUGAACCUGUAGCUUUUCAAUAAUUCUAGGCCUUAAAUUACCCAAAAGAUCAGGGACUGCUAAUGUUUCCUAGUGGUAUUGGGAGUAUGUCAUAAUUACCUUUUGAAAGGCUGAGAAAGAAUAAAAUUCAGCAUUUUGCUAACUUAACUUCUCAGGAAGUCGCCUUCCAGACUGGAAGGAGUGGGAGUUAACAUUUGGGGGAGGAAAACUUGUGAGUAGCACAGAGGACUUACUUAGUGUCUGUUAAUUUGUCAGGAUCUUGAAAAGAAUUAGCAGAAAUGAUUUACCAAGGUAGUUAUCAGAAGAGCUGAUUUACAGGAGAAGGAAGGUGUCUGAGAAAUAAGAAGAAAGCAGCACCUUCCAACAGUUCUGACUAACCCGCCAGUCAAAUUCAUCAGAUAGGAAGAAUACUAAACCUGAAAGCCCUUCAAGGAUAUGAGUGCAAAUGUCAUGUCUCUGUUGGCAGAGCAAAACAUAUCUUGAUAUUAAAAGGGGAGCAGGAAGAAAAAGUAAUGUUAAAUGUAAGGACGGAAGCUUUGUUUCUAAAAUGGGAAUCAGAUCCUUAAGGAGAAAAACUUGGGAUUUUGCCCCAUUUCUCCUCUUUCAGUUCUCCAGGUAACUCUUGCAAGAGUGCCCUACAUGGUGCCAAUGCAUAUCCUCUUGAAGCCCUUUGAGAAACAGCAGUUUAUCCUUGGGUGAAAGUUUUACUCCUAAUUUUUCCUCCUUAUUAAGAAAAAAAAAAAGAAGUAGGAAUUAAGAGACAUUAAGGAAGUAAAGGGUAUCUGCUAUUAGGUUAAGAAGGUUUGCAUAUUUGGAAUGCUUCUUAUACUAACACUGCCUCAUGUAAGAUAAAACGCCUUCUUUGCUUUUUAUUCUUCUGUUAUUGUGGUAUCUAGGUAACAUUACUUCUGCUAUGUAAUUUGGAGACUUUUCAUUCCGAAAGUACCUGAGCCAGACAAGUACACUAUGAAGGCUGCAGCUGUACCCUCAGGAGCAAUUUGCUCUUAUCUUUGUAUUAUACCUUUGAACCUUUGAUUUCCUGCCUCACACCUUUGUAAGCAAGAAAUCAGUCCCCAUUGCAUGAAAAGGUUAGAUUAUCAUUUAAACGUUUUAGUUACUAGAAGACUCUCAGUUGAAUAUCCUGAUUAUUUUGGAAAUCUGUUCACACUGGAUAUCUAACAAAAAAAAAUCACAGAACAGAUUACUAAUUCAGGUCUGAGAAAUUCUAAGGAAUUGAAGAUUCUGAGAGAAAAGGUAUCAAAGUCUUAAGAAAGGUUCUCCUUAGUCAGGCUUUUGGGUUCAGAUGUGACAGGCCUCUGGGCUGAAGGUAAUAUUUGAGCCACGACAGAUUGGUUUCAAACCAUAUUCUAUUAACUUUCCAAGUCAGAUAAAUUUGAUUCUUUAAUAUGAAACAAACAAAAAGGAAAACCUAACUAAAUGGUGUAAGAAAAAGUGUUUAUAGGAAGAAAAUAAAGAUGGAAUGAUUUGGAUGUUUAGUAAAUUACCAUUACAAUAAAAUAUGUAAACCAAACUUAACAUUUGUAAAAUAAAGAAGUUGAUGCUUUUGUUGUUACACUGUAUAGAGACAACUUCAGAAUUGCUGUUGCAAAAAAGACAUAAUUUUGCUUUAUUUCUAGUGGUAAACUGUUUAAUAUUUUAAUUUUAAGUUGCCUUGUUAUUGGGACUGUACUUGAUGACAAAACCAAAUAUUUAUUACAAUGCAUCUGUAUCAGCAAUCAAAAAAUAAAUAA